UUGGUAAGUUCGGAAAUCGGUACUGACAAACAAAUCCCAUGCAGUAGGCCUAUUAAAAGACCACUAUGGAAAUUAGUCUAACUAGAAUGUAUCAGCAAUAAAACUAAUUUGCCCAAUAUUGUAAAGGUUGUGUAAAUGCUGUUAACUGUAUAACACUGAGAGUUUACUGAGUAAUAUUCACUUUUUGAAAUCACGACAUGUAAGAAGAGCCGUGUAAAAAUACCGCUUGGAAGAAUACUGACGUUUGAAUCUAGGUAGAAUGUAAAAUGUCGGUUGUUUUACCACAGAAUUCAGUUUGAGUCGAUGCUUAUUAAAAUGAUGUCACCUUUGCGAUCUGAAAUGACCAGUGACGUGUAUAUUUAUUAUUUACUUUUGUAACUGAAUAGACGUCACAAGAAUUAUAUAUACCUAGGCUUCUUUGCAAAACUGUUUCAAUUUUUGUAGAACGCUGUACUUUUUCUUGUCAUAGUUAACACCUACUUCGUGGACAUUUAUUCCUUUGCUGCUGUGUCCGUUGCACAGUAACUCCUCACAAUAAGUUAUAUCAUAGUAAUAAAAUGCGUUUCCAGCACAGUGGUUGGCAGAAAGUCACGAAUUUUGGGUCAAAUUGAGGAUGAGACUAUUUAAUCAAAUUGUGGUGCUCGAUAUGAAAUUGGGGCGACCUGAUAGGCAACAAACAAGCUCUGUUGUAGGAUAGAUAGUGGUUUCCUUUUGUGUUGUCUCACAGAACAGCAAACAAUUAUUUUAUGAUGUGGAAAGGACAUUAGUGAACUAUGUAGUCCUUUUUUAUAUGUUAAUUUAACCGCGCAUGUCAAUUAAGGGCAGUUACAUGUACUUAGUAAAUUACCUGUGGUAUCAUUUUUAGUGUUUUCACAAUGGCAGCAUAGAAACUGCUAGGUAAUGAGAUGAUUGUACACAUCCGUCUGUUUACACUUCGCGAAAGGAGCAAGUAGUGUGGAAAUACAUCUGUGAGGUGCAAUGUAAAGUAAUAUAUUAAAAUAGUAAAUGAUGGUUAUACUCAACUUGCAAGAUUUUUGGUCAUAGUAAAGUUGUCAUUAACGUUUCACACCAAAUUAUGUUGAGUAGGAUCUACCUGUGAAACUAACAGAGGAAAAAACAAAAUCUCAGUUGCUCCAUUGUAAAUGUUUAGUUCUCAGUGACUUACAUGAAACUCAAUUCUAUUCAACAGAAGGACUUGUGAUAAUGAUAAAGUUAAGUUUCUGAUUUCUUGAAUGCAAUAAGUAAGUUAUUUCUCUGCAGGUUCUACAAAACUUCUCUAGAUUCUAAAGAUUGUCUGAUAGCUACAGUGUUUGGGAUGUUAUUAAAAAAAGUGAGCAUAUUAAUAAUCCUUAUAUCAGUAUAUUCCCUGUAUCACUUCCCAGAAAAUAAAAUGGAAUAUGUUAAUCCUAUUGAAUGGCGAAAAUGUGAUGAGAAGAAAUGUGACAUUUGUGGUAUAUCCCGAUAACAUAUUUAUUAUUAAAGUGCUUCACUUAAGUUGUCACAGCAUACAACAUAGAUUGGUGUUGUUUGUGAUCUCUCUUAAAUUUCUUGGUUCUAUUCUCAAUGGAAAAUGGAAAUGGCUCUCAAUGGCUAGUGAAGUGGGCCUUGGAUGCAACCUAUGGAAGAAUAUUCGUUAUACACCCCUAAUGGAAGUCUUCUGGUUAGCCUUAGUGUAACUGUUAUGGAUGAUUUUGGACAGCCUUUAGAAUUGGGUACACAAAAUGAUCACCGACGGACCAUUAUUCACAUUGAUAUAGAUUGUUUUUAUGCCCAAGUGGAGAUAUUGAAAAAUCCGUCACUGAAAGAUUUACCCGUUGGCAUACAACAAAAAAACCUAGUGGUUACCUGCAACUACAUAGCAAGAGAAUAUGGUGUUAAGAAGUGCAUGGAAGUUCGAGAAGCUCAGAGCCUGUGUCCACAGUUAGUGCUUGUUUGUGGAGAAGAUUUGCAUGAUUAUAGACAAAUGUCAUCCAAAGUAACAAACCUAUUACAGAAUUUCAGUACUCAGGUUGAGCGCUUAGGGUUGGAUGAAAAUUUUGUUGAUGUAAGCCACUUGGUAUCUCAGUCAGAUUUUAAAACUGAGAGGACAGCUGCAGAUGGAAAAAUAUUCAAAAAUAUAAUGGAUGAAUGUGACUGUGGCUGCCAUGAACGCCUGUGUAUUGGUUCGCAUAUUGCAAGUAAAAUUAGGAAGCAAAUAAAAAGCGAUUUGGGUUUAACCUGCUGUGCAGGAAUAUCGUACAACAAGUUAUUAUCAAAAUUGGUAUGUUCUGUUAAUAAGCCUGAUCAGCAAACAACCGUAUUUGCAUGCUGUGCUCUAGAUUUAGUGUCAGGUCUUCCAGGUUUGAGAUGUAUCCCAGGCAUAGGAUCCAGGUUAUGUGAGACCUUGCAAUCAGUAGACAUAACAUCAAUCAGUGACCUUCAGAACUCCAGUAUGGAGAAAUUAAGACGUGCAGUUGGUGUUGAUAAUGCUAUACGCUUGAAAAGGUUAAGCUUUGGUAUUGAUAAUUUACCUGUUAAACAGUCUGGUAAGCCACAUACAAUUAGCCUUGAGGAUGGUUGCCGAAAAGUAAAUUUGGAAUCAGAGGUGCGAAGUAAAUUUUCGGUGUUGCUGCAAAGACUUAUGGUCUUGUUAAAUGAAGAUGGACGGAUACCUUGUGCUGUUAAAGUAACUGUAAGAAAAUAUGACAGUGUCACAAAAGUGAGUCACAGGGAGAGCAAGCAAUGUAAUAUACCUCCAUCAUUUUUUACUACUGGUAAUUGUGAACAGCUUUCAAGUGACGUUACUGAAAAGUUAAUGAGUUCAGUCAUGCAGUUAUUUCACAAAAUGGUUAAUAUAUCCAAACCAUUUCACCUGACUCUUGUUGGUGUAGGAUUUACCAAGUUUCAGGAGCGAAAGACGGGAAAAAGUUCCAUAGCUUCAUUCUUAAAAAAAGAUUUGUCUGUUCAGUCAGUUACAUCUUACAAGUAUCUGUCAGGGAUCGGUAAUGGAAUGGAGCAGUCACCUUCACAGCCAUUCCCAGUCCAUAGAUGCUUUCAUAACACAGAAAAAUCUGGCUCAGAAUCUGAACCAGAACCAUCACCAAAGAAAACAAGAAUAGAUUCUUGGGUUGCAAGAAGGAAGAGAACUGUGUGCAUGGAUGAUGACAGUGAUGAUGCAUCUCCUAGCAAGUUAAGAGUCUCGGAUAUUCAUCUGAAUUCAAGUGAUUCUGUUGAAGAAACUUCCUCAGAAGAAUUGCCUCACAAUAAAAUGGAGAAAAAAUUAGAUAGUGAUUAUUUGCAUUCUGUAUGUACAUUGGAAGAUGAUUGUGUGCAAGCUACGAAAAGAGACUUUCCUGUUGAAUGUAAGUGCCCAGAUGGUGUUGACGAAUCAGUGUUCAGGGAACUGCCAUAUGAAAUGCAAAUGGAACUAGUUGAAUCUUGGAAUUAUAAAGCUAAUACUAAAGAAUUGAAAAGCAAUGUGAAAGGAAAUAAAAAUACAAUUUUGCAUUACUUCAUUCGAGAUAAGCAGGCUAGUUAAUUUCACAAGCUUAAUCAUGUCUGUAAUAAAUCGAAAGUAAAUAUUCAUACAUCACA